CGGAAGUUGCAAUACGGUUUGCGGGAUUUGAGUGGAAGCACAACUUCCGUCCCCCACGUGUGUAAAAUGUGUGGAGUGAGGGAAUAAUUUCGGAUUAGCGUUAAAAUCUUUCUUUUUGUAUAAAAUCGAUAGUAAUCGAUAAACAGUCGAUAUAAAAUGGCGGAUUUCGUGCAGCUGCGGAUCGAGGAGCGGAUUCCGGCUCUGGAGCAGCUGGAGAGAGUCGGACUGUUCACCAAGAAAGAAGUGAAGACGAUGCUGAAGAGAUCCACAGCUCUGGAGUAUAAACUGCACAGAUCCGUCCAGAGUAAAGAAGAUUACAUCACCUACAUCCAGUAUGAAGUGAACGUGCUGGAGCUCAUCAAGAAGAGGAGAGCUAGAAUCGGUUACCACUUUAAGAGGGAGGACAUCGAGUUCACGAUCAUCCAGAGGAUCAACAGCGUGUUCAGGAGAGCUACGGCGAAGUGGCAGGAGGACGUGCAGCUCUGGCUCUCUCACGUCGCCUUCUGUAAGAAAUGGGGGACGAAGGGUCACCUCAGCAAGGUUUUCUCCUCCAUGCUGUCCAUCCACCCCGACAAACCCAAUUUAUGGAUCAUGGCGGCCAAGUGUGAGAUGGAGGACAGGAAUUCGUCUGAGAGCGCUCGCCAUCUCUUUCUCAGGGCGCUUCGGUUCCAUCCGGAGAACCAGAAGGUUUACCAGGAGUAUUUCCGGAUGGAGCUGAUGCACAGCGAGAAACUGCGGAAACAACAGGAGGAACUGGAACGUGCCGAAAUCAACACUGGUGAGUACGAGUUCUCUCCAGAGAUCCUGAGCGGAAAGCUGGCUGAAGUCGUCUACAAAGACGCCACGCAGAAGAUUAAAGGGGCGGAGUUUCUGCUCUCGAUGCUCCGCAUUGCUGCCAUUUUUGACUUCACCAAAGAGCUUCAGGACUCCAUCCUCCAGGAUUUGCAGAGUCACCACACUGAUGACUCCAUCACCUGGGAUUUCAUGGCUCGGCGCGAGCUGGAGAUAAGCGGAGCUCCAGAGCUGCACUCGGCCCAGAGUCGGGCUGCAGACAUCAUGAGCAGAGAGGAACGCUGCAGCGCCGUGUAUGAGGAGGGACUGAAGAACCUCAACACCGAACCCAUGUGGACGUGUUACGUGACGUUCAGUUUGGAAAGAUUUAAGAGGAAAACAAACGUCACAGAGCUGAAAGAAAAGAGAAGAGAGCGGCUCCUCGGUGUCCUUCAGAAAGCUCAUGAUGCUUCGUUGCUGCAGGAGGUUUUCUACAGGUCCUGGCUGGAGGUCCUGAUCUCCUGCGGGAACACAGAAGCCGGCGUUCAGGUCGCCAUAGCAGCCGCUCGACGCUUCAGCCAAUCGGUGGAGACGUGGACGGUGAGUUUGCAGACGUUGGUGCAUUUAGAGAGCGAGGAGGCGGGGCCUCUGUUCCAGGAAGCACUCAAGCUGGUGAAUCCAAAGGACAGUUUGCCCCUGUGGAAGCUUCAGGCCGAGUGGAGCGUCGCAUCUCAGCCUCCUGCUGAGACAGAAGCUCUGUUCCAGAAAGCUCUGCUCUCUCCAGUCCCAGCCGUUUCUACAGCACUGAAGGAGAUCUACCUGAAAUGGGCGUAUACCAGCGGGGGCUAUAAAAAAGCCAGGAAACUGUUCACCAGCCUGCACGAGCACAGGCCUUUCUCCAAAACCUUCUUCACCACCAUGAUUCAGAUCGAGAAAGAACAAGAGACACUGAAGAUGAGUCACCUGAGAGAUUACUACGAGCGAGCGCUGCGCGAGUUCGGCGACUCCGAUGACGAUCUGUGGAUGGAUUACAUUAGAGAGGAGCUGGGUAUCCAUGGUAACGCUGAGAACUGUGGCAAACUGCACUGGAGAGCCAUGAAGAGUCUGAGUGGAGAGAGUGUGGAGCGCUUCACCACGCAAUACACACUGCUGCAGACCGGCCACAUAUAGAACACACACACACACACACACACCACCACCUGAUGUAAUAAAGAUUGUUUUGAGUUAAAGUGCUGGUCUACAGGAGAUCCUUUUACUCCAGAUGUUCUGACGUUUACAGUUUUUCAUAUUUGAUUGAAGUAAUAAUUGAAUGGACUUGACCUUUAGUAACCUUUAAAACAGCGUCAGAACUCCCUGACUCAGCAGAGUUUUUUGUCUGUUUUGUUUGUAUAUGAAUUCUGUGUCUCAAAAAUAAACUCUUUCUCUGGA